AUGGUGUCGCGGCCCGGCGUGCUGUGGGCGGUGGCCGCGGCGGCGCUGGCUCUGGCGGGCCGGCGGGUGCUGCCGGCGCCGGUGGUCCGCUGCGAGCCCUGCGACUCGCGGGCGCUGCAGCAGUGCAAGCCGCUGCGGCCUGACUGCGCCGAGCGGGUGCGGGAGCCAGGAUGCGGCUGCUGCCUCACCUGCGCCCUGCGCCUGGGGCAGCCCUGCGGUAUCUACACCGAGCGCUGCGGCGCCGGCCUCGACUGCCGGCCGCGGCGAGAGGAGGCGCGGCCGCUGCAGGCUCUGCUGGAGGGCCGCGGUCUCUGCACCAACGGCACGGCGGGCGACGAGCUACGGGCCUUCCUGCCGCCGGCACCGCACGCUCCAGGAAAUUCUGGUGAUUCAGAAGAAGACAGGAGUACCAGUAGCUUAGAAAAUCAGGCCAUCCCAAACGUGCACAGAGUGCCAGAUUCAAAUUUGCCUCCACAGCACAUCAGAAUAGAUAUCAUCAGGAAAGAACAAGCCAAAAAUACACAGCGCUAUAAAGUGGAAUAUGAUUCACAAAGUACAGAUACACUGAAUUUCUCUUCGGAAUCCAAGCAAGAAACUGAAUAUGUAAGUAAAUUCU